AUGCGCUUGAGACACGAUUCCAGUUGGAUUGAUGUUGGUGUUGGCGAGAGUCAAAACUUUGUGAUUCGCGAUUAUGGUCAGCUCGGACGAAUCGUUUCUCGAUUGCCGGCUCCUAGUGAUCAAAAUCCAGUGUUUUCAGUGUUCUUAGGCGAGCGAACUAAAGACCUGGCUCUCCAAGCACUCUUUCCCAGUAACAACAUCCGAAGAACGCGAGCCACCGCUAGCAUUGGCUUGCGGGUUGACAACCUCUCCGAGACAACCCGAGACCCUCAUCUUAUCAUUGAUGGUGGAAUUGGUCAAUCUGGGUCAAGCCUUGCCCAGGUACAGGCCAUUUCGGGGUCGGGUGUGCAUGAGCAUCCAAUCACGUGGAAAGCUGCUUCGGCUCAAGCUGCUAUCCGAGUCAUUCUCGCCCGUCUCGUUUUUUUAUUUGCGGACGUGAUUUGUAUUUUUGUUGAUGAUUUUGAGAGUGUCCAAUCAGCUGCUCAUUUUUUGGCUGAGUGCGCAACGGUUGGAUCGGCAUCGUCGCUUCCUCUUGCAGUGCGGCCGCAGGUCGUGGUGGUUCUGGACAGCGGUCCGGGUCGUGCCAUCCGACAGGCGGAAGAGGAUUUUAACCGAAUAUUACACGCCAAAGGCUGCGAAUCUCUGUCCCGAUCUUUCUCCGGCGUGCAAAUCGUCUCGAUCGACCGUUUUAGCGACGUUGGUAUCCGUGAUCAGCUCCGUGCGACGAUCAAAAGGGGGCUCGAGAUCGUGCGGAGGGCUCGACGCGGUUGUGGGGCACUUUUUAGCGCCUUGCAUAUCCAGGGGCUCUUUGAUUUGGCAACUACGCGCCUGGCGCUAGACAAAGACGACUCUUUCGACUUCAUCAAGGCGACGCGUGAAGGAAACCCGGUCUCACAGGCAUUGGGGGACCAUGUUUCCCACUAUCUGGACAUAGGAAAACGCGCAGGAUGUAGCCUAGACACUCUGGUCUCAUCUACCGCUUCUGCGCUGUUGAUGGAUCAUUAUCUACCAGGUGCAAUCAUGCUGGAGCCGCGAGCCGUCUUUCGAGCCCUCUAUCGAUCUUCUCUCAUCCGUGGGAUCCGAGAUUACGAUGAUCCAAAAUCCAGUCGACGAGUUGGUGGUUUAACGGGGCAAGUGGAGCUAGAGUUUGUUAGCCAGUUCCGUCAAGUGGUCGCCCACGGAUGGCGAACCGUGGAUCACCGUCGGGACCAUCUACUAGCGAUCAGCCAUGAGUUAGGACGUGUGCAAUCAGACAAGAUCUGCCUUUACUGCCUUGUCCGCAGCGCACAACACGCCCAGGCUUGCCACCAUGCGCUUUGCGACCAAUGUGCGCAGUUAUUCGGUCGGCCGGCGCCUGAUGCUGAAUAUCAAUUCACGGUCUCGAAUUGCCUAAUCUGCCUUGGCGGUGGUACCAUGACCAUCGACGUCCUGCCCCCCACGAUGAACCCCACCAUUCUAGCCAUUGACGGCGGAGGGGUCCGAGGGGGAAUCCCGUUGGAAUAUCUCCUAUUGAUCCAGGAAUACCUUGGACCCCAGUGCACUAUACGGGACCUUGUGGAUUUGUCGGUGGGGUCUAGCUCCGGCGGUUUGAUUGUCCUAGGUCUGGCAGGUAUGGGAUGGGAUGUCGCGACCUGCUCCCAGGUGUUUGAUCGUCUUGCGCGGCGCAUCUUCCGCGAACGACGGCGGAUGUCGCUCUCCAAAUUGCUCCGCCUUAUCCUGGGCCGAGACUCUCUACUUGGGGGUAUAUUCCAGUGGGUUUCAUGGCUCCUCCACGACAGUUGCUACGACCCGCGCGUUUUCGACUCCAGUCUCCGAGAGGCAUUCGGAGAGGCACAUCGUAUCUUUGAUGUGGUGGGGACCGAGUCAGGGUUACAUUCAAGAUCGAAAUUCGGUGUUAUCGCAACCAGUAUUGCGAAGGAGACUAGGUCCUUUGUAUUUGGGAAUUUUAAUGCUGCAGACCGAUCUGCUGGAGAACACGUGAAAGUAGAGCACGAGUUAUUCCGCGCCGAAAACACCCAGGGUGAACCCUUGAUAUGGGAAGUAGCGAGAGCUACUGCCGCGGCACCAUUUUAUUUUUCGCCCGCGGAUAUCCGGGCUAUCGGCUCAUUCCAGGAUGGAGGGCUAAAGGAUAAUUUUGCGGCUGGUAUUGCCAGGCGUGUCAGUCGCCGCGUCUGGCCGUCUAGGCCUGGAGUUGGAAGGUUAAUCUCUCUAGGCACCGGAAAGACCGAAAGCGCCGGUUUCCGAUCGCCUCAUUUCCGUCAUGUGUUCCGCGACGGUUUUCUCCGCAGGGGAUAUGAUGCCUUAAUGUCUAAUCUUGACACUGAGCCGAAAUGGCUGGAACUCCAAAGCGAGCUUGAGGAUGGUACGAAAGAAGACCACCUGCGGCUGAACGUUGAGCUGCACGACAUCCCAUGCACUAUUGAUGACGUCAGUGCGAUGGACAGUUACCGAAAUUUGGUCACCACCCAAGUUGGGGCGGCCAGAAAGGCCAAGGAGGCGGCGACGGCCCUUCUAGUAGCCCGUUUCUAUUUUGAAUUGGAUAGUUCCUUGAUGCAGCCUCGGCAUUCUUCGCCAGGUUGGUACCGUGGCACAAUCCGCUGCAAAGGCCCAGCCAGACAUAUUUUGGAAGCCCUCGAUAGACUUUGCCCUAACGAUGUCGAUUUUGUGACCGAUACCGGCUUUCUCGGCCAGUUCGGAGGACCGACGGGCAUUUGUUCUCAAUGUGGGCGCUAUGUCAAAUCUGUCUCAGUUUUCGUCCAUCAUCCCAAAGAGCCCCUGAAUAUCUACAUUCGGACAGGCCGACAGGAACGGUGGAAGAUCAGCGGAUUUCCGGCUAGCCUGUGGUCAUUCGCAGAGGUCAAGAACUUGCAUGAAUCGUUUGGGCAACCGAGUCAUGAUCGACCCACUGCAGCUCCAUGCGCGGCAUGUGACAGUUGGGAGGGCCGCUUACAGAUCGAGACGUGUAGAAGUCCAUCUGUGUCGUCGCCAGCGGAGCUUGGAACUAAGCGUCUUUGUGUUGUGGGGGAGAUCCACGACCAGUACUCGGCCGAGGUGUCACGCCACUCUGCCAGUAUCAUUAGAUCAGCGAUUCUUGCCUGUAAUUUACCAGCCUACAAUUGCGAUAUAGGAAACUUGUUACGUGACGGUGGGUCACCUUGGUCAAAUUCGCUAGGCAUACGGACUGGUGGGGUUAGUUUCGAGUCUGUAUUUAAACGUUUUGUCCUUCCAAUUCAGAAUAUUGUUGAACCAGUCUAUCAUUCUACAUCUUCGCCGGCGACUCAACUGGCGGCGUCGACUACUAGCAUUGCUGAAAGUUACAGCAUGGCUGGUUUUACGGAAAGGGUCAACGGUAUCGUGGAGCAGGUUUUGGAACUCUCCCUCCUCUACGAUUGCCGGGCCUACUUCCUUGUGGAAAGUAGCAAUGGUAUUGUCACAUUCAACUCCGUGGAAGAUCCGUUAUGGCCACCAGAUGACCGAUCCCUGAGACUGUACAGCGCGCAGGAAAUUUUGACGCGUGCCACGGGGGAAGAGCGGAAGGAGCUUAUCCAGCUGCUGGUCUAUAUCUCUGAGGUAGCCAAAGGCCCCCCUGCUCUGGAAGCCAACCCAACGCAAGAGCAAGUCUUUGGCUCUGGUGAUUCCGAAGGCUCGCAAGAAGAUAGUCAGGGCAAGGAUGGAAACCUGCAGGAAGAGGAGAGUGCGGACGGCGAAGAGAACGAAGGGAAGCAAAGAGCGGUAGAACAAGGGGUAGAUGAUCAGGAGGGAAAGGACCAUGAGUCUUACAUAUGGAGUGGGGACGCCACUGAUUGUAUCUAUCAUAUCUACCUACAAUACCUAGUCUACCCAAGAUUCAAUCCCCGAAUUAUUGGUCUGGCAACGCUUUCACCGCUCCAGACGAUCGGCUUCCUCAUUUAUGUUGUCGGUACCGUUGUUUGCAACGUAGCAGGGCUACAUAACUUGCAGCAGCGUGCCACACGUGCUGCCCACCUGUCUUUAAUUAACCUGUGCCUACUGUUUUUGUCCGGUGGCCGCGAGUUCGGCGCGUAUCUACUGGGCAUAUCACGAGAGACCUACAGCAUGAUUCACCGCAUCGCGGGAUUUAUGGCCGCCGUCCAAGCCGCCGUGCAUGUUGCCCUUGCUUGUCAGAAGACUCAGUUUACGACGGCAGAUGAUGCCCAAUAUUAUGGACUCCUCGCAAGUCACUCCAAUGCUGGCUGCAUGUUAAUCUCGCUCUUGAUCCUGCCGCUGGUGAAGCGCCGAGUGUACGAGCUUUUCCUGGUAACCCACCUUGUAUGCGCUUUUCUAGCACUCUACCUGCUGUGGAAACAUAUCCAGCUGGCUGCGGAAACGGCGCGCAGAUUCAUCCUGGUAUGUCUUGUCACAUUCUCUGUGACUGGGGUGCUUCAGGUACUUCGCGUCCUUUUCCGAAACGUGGUAUUCGGGAGGCGCGCUUUGCGGGUGAGCAUCACACCCUUUACUGAAGAUAUAGUACGUGCGGAAUUGCGUCUCCCACGACCGUGGACAGUGCGAGCCGGCGAGCGAAUCACCCUGGGCGUACCAGCUGUUGGUCUUUUCUAUUUCUUCCAGGCUCACCCGUUUAGCAUUACCUGGUGGGAGGAAAACCAGAAUGGCGAAGCAGACCGGGUGUUCCUGCUCUUUCGCGCUCGAACGGGGUUCACGCGGAAAGCUCUCAUGUGCCUAGAGCCCGACCGCGAAUACUGGGCGUGGAUUGACGGGCCGUUCGGUCCAUCUGCAGUCCACCGGUGCGGUGCCACUCGGGACCUAGGUGACUACGGCCACAUCUUCAUGGUCACUACUGGGAUCGGCAUCGCCGCUCAGCUGCCAUACAUGAAGGAACUGGUGCAGAGGCGUCGAUUGGCGGGUAUUCGCACGCAGAGGAUCUACCUCGUCUGGCAGCUUGACCGCACUGGAGAUUACGAAUGCGCCAGGGACUGGCUCCAACACUUGCUCAAGCUAGAUGAUGGAUACAUGCUAAAGGUCUCGGUGUAUGAUCCACUGAGCAAGGAUCAGGAAGUCCGGAAAUUUGGUCACCAUGAUUUGAUUACCAUCUACAGCGGCGAGGUGGAUUGGGAGCAGGUACUGUCCCAAGAGAAGCACGAUCGAGCAGGGAAGAUACUGGUAUCUGAUGAGACUCUAGGGAUUCACGUCAUGCCAUCGCAAGUUCGCCUGAGACCUGAAGGAGAUACAGAGUAUGCGUGGCAUGUAGAGAAUACGCAGAUCGAGAAGCUUUUUGAGAGACAUUUGAGUGGGCACUCUCACUCCGCGGCUCAACCCUCGAAAGAUCAAUUGAUCGCUUUAUCCUCGGAGAAUUCAGUUCUUGCCGAGGAACUAGAAAAGGCCAAUAACGAUUUAGAGCAGUGUACCCAGGAGAGAGAGGAGAUGAAGACAGAGAUUUCUAGGCUGGAGGAGAAUCUGAUAACAGCUAAUGCUAGUAUUGAGAUGUGGCAGAAAGAAAACGAGAAUUGGAGGGCAAUAGCAGAAUAUUACCAAGGCCGGAUGUGCCAGUGGUCCGAUGGGGUCAGCCAGAUCAGCCGAUUCUUACAGGGACUUAAAGCUGAAAUACCAGCGAUGCCUAUGGGCUAUAACUGA